ACGGGUCCUCGGGGAUUACCUUAAAAAACGGAUGUCCCGUGUCGCAGUAUAUGUGGCACGCUAAAGAACCCUCACUGCUCAAAGGCCGUAAGCGCCGAACAAAGGCCUAAAUUUGAAGGUCUUCACCGGUCUUGGUGACGUCUCCAUAUGAGUGAAAAAUUCUCGAGAGAGAGUCGUUAAGCAAGAUACAAUCAAUAAAAGUUAAAAAACGAGAGAUAACUAUAAUUUGGGUUAAAAACACGUAUUUCACUAUAGAAGUCAAAGAAAAAUAAGAAAAUAUUUUUAAAACAUCCCCUUCGUGAAAUACUCAUUCCUUCUACAGGUAUUAUAUAUUGUCAUUUAGCAAAUAUAUUCUAAAUCUUUUGUUGUUUCACGGGAGGGGAUAUUUUUACAGAUCAAAACGCGGCGAAAAUGUUCACUUGCAAAUUUUAAGGUUAUCAAAUAAUUGUUUUAAAAAAAUGAAGAUUAACCAUUUUUACUUAAUAGUAUAAAGUAAUUUGACAAAUUUUAAAAUGGAUAUUUAUAUACAUCAAUAAGCAUUUAAAAUAUAUAACGUUUUAAAACCCGAUUUUAAGGAGCAUAUUUUUCAACCCCUUAAUUUAAAGGAGUUGUAAUUAAGAACAAUGGAUUGCUAUAAUAAUCAACACUGGUAUUAAAAUAUUAUACAUCAAUUACUAUUGAAUUCUACUUUGUAUUAUAAAAAUCUCAUUAGCAAAAUUUUUAGAUAUACAUGUAUACACGUUGAAAAUGUAGGCUGGAAUCCAGAGUGAAUUACGUGCUAAUUUCUGUCACUCUCCGACGGGCGUUAUGUUGUACCGUUUGUGGUACUGCUAUUUUCUUUUAGGGUGGUGUGCCGAGCGAUCAACUCAUCUUAGCUCUUGAGCCCGAAGCUGCUUCAGUGUAUUGCUUAAAGGUUACAGCAGAAAGCAUGCCAUGUGGUGAAGGGUCAUGCAUCAAAACCCCAGGUCACCAGUAUUUAGUGGCUGAUCUAGGAGGUGGCACUGCAGAUUUUAGUGUUCAUGCGGUGAAUGAGGAUGGCAAUUUGACGGAACUUUACUCGGCAAGCGGGGGCCCUUACGGUGGUGACUGUGUCAAUGCAGAGUUUUUGGAAAUGCUCGAGGUCUUGUUCGGAAAAGAGGCCAUUGAAAACCUGAAACAUGAUGACCUAGAAGAAUACCUUCUAACCUGUAGAAGUUUUGAAAAUAAAAAGCGCAUAAUAUCGGAUGAAUAUUGCCAAACAUUUAGACUCAAACUGCCUUCUGUUUUAUUAGAAAAUUGUGAUUUUGAAAUUAUGCACAAACGUAUAGAUAGUUUUUAUAGCAAAGAAUUAAUUUCCUUAUAUAAGGGGACAUUAAAAAUCAGUCCUUCUUUAAUGAAAACAUUUUUCGAAAAAUCCAUAGGAAAAAUCAAGGAGCACAUGUGUAAUGUGAUCAAGCUAAAUUCCAAAGUGAAAAGUGUCCUAUUGUUGGGUGGAUAUGGCGGAUCAAAUCUUUUACAGCGUGAACUGAAGAGAACCUUUCCAGAGAAAACCAUCAUUAUGCCACAAGAGUCCGAUUUAUCAGUUGUCAAAGGUGCUGUACUGUUUGGAUAUUAUCCUCUCGCAAUAUCCUGUCGAAAAAUGCGAUUUUCAUAUGGCGUAGAGGGUUAUGCUCCUUUCGAAAAAGGAAAACAUCCUGAGGACAGAAAGAUAACAAAAUUAAUGAAUUUGGCGAGGAAAGGUGCGAAGGGGCUUUUGAUCUGCUCAUAGCGAAAAACACAACGGUUCCAACGACUGGAUUGAAUAUUUCUCGAACAUACUGUGCUGCGACAUCCAAACAAAACUUUCAGUAUGUCGAUAUUUACUACACGGACGAAGAAGAACCUGUUAUUGUGGAUACGAAAUGUACAUUUAUGAAACGCAUAUCAAUUCCCCUUCCAAAACCUUGCGGUCGGGAGAGAGCCGUUGUACACAAUUUUACAUUUGGUAUGACAGAAUUGAAACAUCAAGCUUUGAUUCUCGAAACUGGAGAAUGUGUGUCAAACACCUUUGACUUAUUGUAGCUAAUCAAAGUACGUUUCAACCGUUACUUAUGUAUAACACAUCCUAUAAGUGCCUAUUAUGAAUGUGAUUUAUUACUUUAAAUUAAAUUAUCAACGCCAUCAUU